AUGUCUCAGAUACUAUGUCAGAAAGUUCGCCAAUUUGGUCAGAAGCUAGUCCGCAAGCAUCCACUGAAAACUAUAGAGGAGUCUGAGAGACCUGUGUCUCAUCUGAGCAUCCUAAACCUGGUGAUCUUGGGUGUGAGCAGGAUGUUGAAAGCUGGCGUGUACAUCCUGAUUGGUGCAGUGGCCAAAUACAUAGCUGGACCAGGAACCAUCAUUUCAUUCUUGGUGGUUGCCCUCUUCUCUAUGUUGUCUGCUUUCUGCUAUGCUGAAUUUGGGGCCCGGGGCCCGCUCUCUGGUUCUGUGUAUCUCUACAGCUAUGUCACCAUGGGUCAACUCUAUGCCUUCAUCAUUGGCUGGAACCUUAUACUUCGCUUAGUCACUGGAACUGCCUGUUUGGCCAGGGCCUUGAGCUACGUCUUUGACAGCCUGAUUGGGAACUACAUCUCUCAGACAUUACAGGGAAUGCUUUCUCUGCAUGUGCCCCACUUCCUGGCCACAUAUGUAGACUUUUUUGCUCUGGGCCUGGUUCUGCUGCUCACAGGUCUACAGGUUCUGGGAGCUCAUGAGUCAAUCCUGGUUACCAAAGUGUCUGUAGGAAUCAACCUUUUGGUUUUCAUCUUCAUCAUCAUCAUUGGCUUCAUUAAAGGGGACCUGCACAAUUGGAAGCUCACGGAACAGGACUACACAUUGGCCACAACUGGAUCCAGAUCUGGAUCCAGAGAUGUCUAUGGCUUAGGAGGGUUGGGCUUUCUGGGAUCUGGAGGGUUUGCACCUUUUGGCUUUGAAGGAAUUCUCCAGGGAGCAGCUACAUGUUUCUACACUUUUUUUGGUGUUGAUGGCAUUGUCAUUAAAGGGAAAGAAGCUGUAAAUCCUCGACGUGCCAUCCCCUUGGGCAUCAUGAUCUCACUCUUGAUCUGCUUUUUGGUGUAUUUUGGUGUCUCAGUGGCACUCACCCUCAUGGUGCCCUACUACCAGAUUCAGCCUGAAAACCCUUUGCCACAGGCUCAUCUCAAUGGUUGGUGGGUCCCCGCCAAAUAUGUCGUGGCCGUUGGCACCCUCUGUGCUCUUACAUCCAGACUCCAUACUGCCGUGUUCAGAAUAUCUCCUUUGAUCUACACAAUGGCAGAGGACAGGCUCCUUUUCCGGGGACUUACCCGGAUCUUUGCCUGCACAGGCACCCCCAUCAUGGCCAUCAUGUCUGCUGGAAAUCUUACAGCGAUCUUGGCAUUACUCUUCGACUUGACUGACCUUGUGUUCCUUGUGUCAAUUGGGACCCUGCUUGCUUACUCGCUGGUGGCUUUUUCUGUCCUUGUCCUCAGGUACCAGCCAGACCAGAAUUUAAGCAAGAAUGAGAAAACAGAGGAGAAAAUGGAUAUGCAUGACCUUGAUGAAAUUACUUUGGAAUCUGUACCUAAAGCUGGAAUCUUGAACAUUCUGAAGAGUCUGUGGUUCCCUACCAGCACCAGCCCCACCCAGAAAUCUGGCCAGAUUGUCUAUGGAUGUGCUUCCCUGCUUGUUCUCCUGCUAACCAUCCUGAGCCUGAUCCUGGCCCAGUGGCCCAGCCAGGUGUUCUCUGGAGACCCCAUGCUCAUGACAGUGGCUGUGCUGCUGCUGCUGCUCAUCAUUGGGGUCACGGUCAUCAUCUGGAGGCAGCCCCAGGACCCCUCUCCUCUUAUGUUCAGGGUCCCUGCUCUGCCUGUCCUUCCACUGGUGAACAUCUUUGUGAACAUUUACCUGAUGAUGCAGAUGACCUCUAGGACCUGGGCCAUAUUUGGCAUCUGGAUGGCUAUUGGAUCUGUCAUAUACUUUGGAUAUGGGAUUCGACACAGUAUGGAGGAGAACAAUGAGCAACAGCCACCAGCCUCCAUCUCUCAGACUCUUGAUGAAAACCUCCCAGGUGCAGAGUCAGCUUAA